AUGCAGGCCUUGUUGAGAAUGGGAGAUAAGUUCACCCAUAAACAGAAGGUGGACAGGGCAGACAAGUUAUUGGUGGAGCUCGGACUGAGGAAGUGUGCUGACUCGGUUAUUGGCUCCCCGAGAAGGAAGGGUAUUUCAGGCGGAGAGAUGAAGCGACUUUCGUUUGCUUCCGAGAUGAUUACCAAUCUACCGCUGAUGUUCUGCGACGAGCCGACCACGGGUCUUGACUCCUACAUGGCACAGAACGUUGUGUCCGUGCUGCGAGAUAUGGCAUCUCACGGCAAGACGAUACUCUGCACCAUCCAUCAGCCGUCGUCAGAGGUGUUCACGAUGUUCGACAGACUGCUCCUCUUAGCAGAAGGCAGGACGGUGUUCCUAGGAGCACGAGAAGACGCAUUGCCGUUUUUCAGCAGAUUAUCAAGACACUGUCCUGAGGAUUAUAACCCUGCUGACUACUAUAUACAACAGCUGGCCGUGGUGCCCGGGAAGGAAAGUGCAUCGAGGGAGUUCAUACGAGAAGCCGCUGACGUAUUUGACAAUUCCGACUGUGCUAGCGAAGUUCGUCGAGCUAUCGCUGAAUGUGGAAGUCAUAAACAAGCGAUUAUUAAGUUUGAGAAUGCGAUGUCUUCAAACCCUCGUUACAAAGUAUCGUGGUGGCAGCAGCUGUGGAUAUUACUUCAGAGAACUAUGUUGGGUCAAGUUAGAGUGCCUAUCUUGAUAGGCGUGAGAAUCGGCAGAAGACUGGCGCUAGCACUGAUGAUCGGGCUGGUCUACUUGAAUCAGGAGCUCAACCAGAAAGGAGUACAGAACCUAAACGGAGUGAUGUUUAAUUUUGCAGCAGAACUCACCUUUACGACUGCAUUUACCAUUCUAACUACACUGCCCCUGGAAGCCAUACUUUUCUUCCGUGAGCACGAGAGCGGCUUGUAUCGAGUGGACGCGUACUGCAUAUCCCAAGUGGUUGUGCAGGCGUUAAUCUUCGUGGUAGAAACCAUUGUUCUCGUUGGAAUAGGAUAUUGGAUGGCAGGUUUGUCGCGAACAGCAGAAAGCUUCUUCGUCGCUCUGGGGAUAUACAUUCUAAUAUGUCAAGCCUCUGCGGGAAUUGGAUUCUGGGUAGCAUGCGCUUCGCCGAGUUACACGGUGGCAGUGUCAUCGUUUGCGCCGUUGAACCUUCCGCUGUUUAUACUAUCUGGCUUUUUUAUGAAUAUAGACUCGAUCCCAAUAUAUUUGUCAUGGAUGCAGUGGAUAUCAUGGUUACGAUACGGCGUUGAGGCUCUCUUUAUCAAUCAGUGGAGAGAUAUCAGCAACAUAACGUGCGAAAAUCCACCCGAAUCUGCAGAAAUGUGUUAUAAUGACGGCCAGGAAGUUCUUGAUAAGUACCAUUUUAAAGAGGAGAAUCUGACAUUCAACAUCAUCAUGCUCUGCGUCCUAAUCGUCAUCUACAACGUCGGGGGCUACGUGUCGCUGGCGUUGAGAGCUAGGCACCGAAUGCAGAGUAUCGGCGCCACGGGCACAGACGCCAUUCGGCAGAAACUCGCGGCCGACGGCACCAGAUCACGCACGAGUACGAAAAACAGCCUGCCCGCCAUGGACAUCAUAGACAGGAGCGAGAUAAGAAAGUGGCGUUCCGGGACCGACCGGAAAGAAGACAAGAAAGAGGGCGCUGCCAGAGUAGGGAUGGAAGCUGUGCAAGAAGCCAAUCGGUGGCUGACGACGACAUUUUAG